AGAGAGCGCGGGCGCUGAGAUAAACCCUAAAUCCUGAAAACGAAGAGCCCUAACGAAGAACCCUAGAUUUUAGAAAUGGGUGUAGAGGAGGAAGAGGAGAGCGCCUUGCUGGAGCGUGAGCUGGAGGAGCAGCUGAUCGAGCACAACGAGUCCUUGCCGGCGCUGGAGGAGGCGCUGCUCCGCGAGCCUGGGAAUCAGGAGCUCCAGUCGCUGCGAGAGGAUCUUGUGGCUGCUGUCAAGGAGGUCGAGGAAAGCUUGCUUUCUCUCAAGCGUCGCCGCCUGCUUCUCCAGAUCGAUUCGUCGAAAGAUUUACUCGCUUGCGAUAAAGACGAAGAACAACAACAACAACACCAACGAGAGCAGCACUUUGUUGCUGGAUCAAAAUGCCGCUUUCGACACACCGAUGGAAGAUGGUAUAAUGGAAGAGUUCUCGAUUUGUGCCAAGAUGGCACAAACGCUCGUGUUUCCUUUCUGACGCCAACAAAUGAGAAAAUGCAGAUUUGCAGAUUCUUCCUCCAGCAGCGUUGCCGAUAUGGCGAAAGCUGUCGUUCCUCGCAUGGUUUCCUCGUACAGCUCUCGUCGCUGAAAGAUCUUCCAGACGUAAGAUGGCAAGAGAUAGAGAUCGGCUCUACAGUCCUGGCUUGCACCUCCACCGAUGGAACAGGACUUUGGCGAGAUGCCGAAGUCGAGAAGCUGGUGGAUCAGCUCCAAGUGGUGAAUGUGGUUUUCAGCGACGAUGGCAGCAAAGCGAUCGUCGGAAAAGAAAAUCUAGCUCUCAGCGAGCACGCAGCGGUGACAGAUUCGAGCAGCACUAGCAGCAGCAGCAGCAGUGACGAGUCAAGCGACGACGAAGAAAUCUUGCCAGGAAUCGGGACUUUCUCAGGAUACCAGCAAACCGAGACAGUGUUGUUCGCCAACUGGGAGAAGCAUACCAGAGGAGUUGCUUCCAAGCUCAUGGCCAAGAUGGGAUACAAGCAAGGCUCUGGCCUUGGGACGAGCGGCCAGGGGCUCGUCACACCUCUCCAGGUCCGAGUCCUGCCACCAAAGACAUCCCUCGACUUCGUGAGCGAGUCCACUCCACCCAAGCCGUCGGCAAAGAAGAAGUCCCGCGGCGGCAAGAGGAAGCGGGACAGGAAAUUCGCCGAGGAGAGACGCGCGAGCAAAGCACUGGAGGAAGCAGAGGGAGCUCCCGACGUGUUCAGCUUCAUCAACGUCCAGCUCUCGUCCUCGUCCGGGAUGGAUUCGUCCGCGAAGGAGAAGAAACCAGCGGUGGCGGCGACCGGGAAGUCGAAGGAUGAUCGGCGCUCGCUGGUGAGGCAGCAGGACGAGAUCAAGGAGCUGGCGAGCAAAGUGGCCAAGCUCGAGGAGAUGGCGCGCAGGAACCGCAAGGAGAAAUCGGUGUUCGAGGCCGUGACGAGGAAGCUGGGCGAGGCCCGCAAGGCGCUGGGCGAUGCCGAGGCGGCGCUCCAGUCCACGGCCCACGCAGUGCGCAGCAAGGAAGAAGAGAAGAAAUGGCUGCGGUUCUGAAGAGAAAAUGCUUGGCGUUGACCAUGGUCAAAAUGUUGACUGAAAAGCUGACUGUUAAGUUCGAUCUUUGCAGGUGGCGGUGACUACUGAAUUGACAUGUUUUGCGCUUGAGAUCGCAAGUUUUAAUCCCAAUGCUCCAGAAACCAUAAGAAAACAUUUUAAUCCUUGAAUGAUAAAAUUAUGUUUGCCUCU